AUGGUGGGCCGAAGAGAUUACGACUCGUUCCAGGUAUCGCAGCGUUCCAACGCUCUCGCCUUCGGGCCGCGCCAUGUCUUCUCAGCCUCGUCGCCCUACGGAGCCUCGUCCAUAAACCUCAAGUUCCGCGCCCAUGCCUCCGUUCUCGCACAGGUCGACGGCAACGGGCCCGCACGACCGCGCGGCCUCGUCGGUCCGCCCAUGGGCGGCUUAGGCGGAGAUGGAGGAGCGCUGGGAAAGAGACAGAACAUCAGAUCCCUCAUAACGCCGGAGAUGAACAUGUCAGCUCGGCGUGCUCGGGUAGAGGGCGUCAACGUGGUUGUUAGGCAGAAGCGCAGGCCGUCUUCGACGUCGGUGAGGUCAGUUGCGUCGUCCGUCCGCUCGCGGAGGAGGAUGCAGGGACCGAAGCCGACGCUGCUUAGCCUCCCGACCGAGGUCUUGGGUGUUAUAUUCAAGGACUUUGAGCAGAAGGAGCUGCGCGAUGUCAUGCUGGUGCACUCGGCUUUGACGGAGGCUGCGGCGAACUUGAUGUACCACACCCCUCUGUUCGCAUCGACCUACCGCUUUGCGCAGUUCGCGUAUACGGUCAGCCACCAGAAACACUAUGGUGAUAGGGUGAGGGUGCUGGAUGCCAGCGGGUUUGCGCAGGUUGCGCAGUUUGAGAGACAGCCGGAGGCGGGGUGGAGGGAGUGGAAGUUUAGGAACCAUGAUCUUUAUCAGGGAAGAUCGAGGCUGCAUGUGCCGGAGAGUAGGCCGACGAGGAGGCGGAUGACACACAGGAAACAUCCACAGCCGAACCCCUUCCUCGAGGCCUGGGCACUCUCUCGUGAUAUCCCACUCGGUGGAUUAUGCCACGCCAUUCAAUCAUGCCAGUACCUCAACACCAUCAACAUCUCCCGCAUCCAACUCGCCGAGGACUUCCUCAUCGUCGACGACAACUCCCCCCCCUCCGCCUGGACAGACACCAUCUACGUCUCCGACCUCCCCAAAUCCUGGUCCUGGAACUCCCAAGAGCUCCGUCCCAUCUACAACAUCUACAUCAUCGACCAGCUGCGCAAGCUGAAGCACCUCGAGACCGUCAUCGCCAACAACGGCGUCUUCCUGAGCACGCUGAUGAUCCAGGAGCUGGUCGAUGGCGCGCACCCGAGCCUCAAGUACGUCGACUUCGAGCACUCGGGCAUGGCGCGCUCGAAGCCUUGGGCGAUUAAGGGAACGAGAGAGCAGGUUGUGAAGGUUAUUAGGGAUAUGGAGAAGACGACCCGGCGGAGCCCGGAUCCGAGGAGGACCUAUUUGACUCGUGGCUGAGCAUUAGCUUUUCGGCGAGAAUUUGUGGUUCUCGGUCAGGUUUUUUGGCCACGACAGGGAAUUGGGUUGGGUUUGAUUUAGCGGGUGUUUAUACAUAGAAGGGGGGGACUGGCGAAAUGGUUGGACAAUCCUCAACUAACAUUGAGCUCUCUGGAUUAGGAGAGCGAGAGAUCAUAUUAUUUAGUAAUUAGCUAUAAUCCAACGCGCCCCGUGGGCAGCAUUUUUGAAGCAG